AUGGUCCGACACCACAAGAGGAGUCUGAGUGAAAGUCCACAGCGGCAGGGUGAGGAGCAGGAGCAGGACCCGAAUGCGGAGGAGUCCCAGGCGGAGGGACGGACGCUCCGGGGCUGCUAUCACUACAGACGCAGGCACUGCUCCCGGAGGCGGCGGCUGUACAGGAGGCGGCGCUGCUCAUGCCGACGCCGCCGAAGACGCACCUGCAGGCGCCGGAGGCGCUGCAGAGGUUCGGCUCGUCCCAGCUGCCCUCUGGCAUCCCUGAUGCCUCCAGGCCCCGGCACAGGAGGGUAG